CAGUUUCUGUGUUGGAUAGAGACAGAGCUGGUAGCUCUAGUGCCAACCCAUUUCUGACUCCCAAGGGUCUGCUUAUCAUGGAACUAACUCUUCUUCUGCCUCUGCUGGCCUCUCUCCAGAUUCACCUACAGCUGGUGUCACCUGCAGGUCCUCCCUCAGCACCCUCCCUCUUCCUGAGCCCUGUGAAGCAGGAGUACCUCCUUGGAGAUACCAUUUCCCUUGAGUGCUCCAUCCCUGCAUCAACUGGCUUGAUUAAAGGAUUCCAGUUCUAUGGAACAUCUGGAUGGGCUGUUGACAUAGCAGUCUCCGUCAAGAGAUUUUCCUACAUAUACAAAUUUAACAUCACGGGGAUGAGGGAUGGAGGGUCACACACCUGUACAUAUUCAACCCGUCAAGAUGGAAAGCUGGUUCGAUCCCAGACCAGCAACAGCAUCACCAUUAAACUUAAAGAUCCCCCUCCUCCGCCUAAACUAAGUGUGGAUCCUCCAUCUAGAGUGGUGGCCAAAGGGUACCUUCUGGUCCUCACCUGCACAGCACCAGAGGAUGUGGCAGAGCGGCGUUUUCACUUCUACAAGGAUAGCAAUGACUUUGUCCCUGAGGAUACAGGAACUGAUACUAGCACCAUGGAAUCGGGAACAGAGUCCUCGAAGGCUGCAGUGCUCAAGAUCCCACAAGCCAUUCACAACAUUACAGGGCAAUUCUCCUGUGGAUAUGAGGAAAAAAUAAUGGGGAGAUGGAUCCCAUCCUUCCACAGCCAGGCUGUAAAUAUCACCGUGCAGGAUCCCCCUUCCCAGCCAACACUGAGCAUGGAUCCUCCCUCUGGUGUGGUGAGUGAAGGACAUCCCUUGCUCAUCACUUGCGUAGCUCCUGAGGAGGAAGGAAAGUUUCACUUCUAUAAGGACGGAUCUGAGAUUGUUCCUGGAGAUGCAGGGGCGGAAAUCAACAUCACAGACACAAGGACUGACCCUAAGAACAGCUCUGUGCUCAGCAUUUCUGAGGCUCGACACAGCAAUGCUGGAGAAUUCUCCUGUGGGUACGAGGCUGUCGUGGGUGGGAGGUGGAUCCCAUCCCCAAAGAGCCAGCCUGUGACUGUCACUGUGAAAGAUGCCCCUCGCCAGCCUACAUUGACAGUGAAUCCCCAAUCUGGAGAGGUGAGCGAAGGGCAGAAGCUGGUUAUCACCUGCCUGGUUCCUGGGAAUGCUGAAGAGAGGAAGUUUCACUUCUACAAGGAUGGAACAGAGGUUGUCUCGGGGAGUGGAGGAACUGAGAGCAUCAUGGUGCUUGAAGACAGCUCCAGGAACAGCUCUGUGCUCAGCAUCUCACAGGCUGGGACGAGCAGCACUGGAGACUUCACCUGUGCCUAUGAAGAGAAUGUGAGUGGGAGGUGGAUCGCAUCCCCCAGGAGUCAGACUGCGACUGUCACCCUGACAGUCUGGUCCCUGUCAGUUCCCCUGCUGGCUGGGUGUGCUGCUGCUGUGGGUCUGAUUCUUCUGAUCCUGCUGGUCGUCUAUCUUUACAGGAGGAGAUCAGGUGCCAGGUGGAGGGGACUCCGCAAUAAAGAUGAUCCCAGCAGUUACGCACCUAUAUUUAUGUCUCAAGUUAAUCAAGUCACCCAAUAAUCCACUCAGGAGGAAGUCAGCUUCCCUCCUGUUGACAGUGACAGUGACAUGCCUCAUUUUCUCCCUUGGUCACAUAAGGAUCAGGAAUAUGAUGGAAAAGCUCUGAAGUCUAAAAUGUGUGCUGUGACUACUCUGUUCAAGCCUGCUGUUUGCCCAUAGACUCACUCAAUGACCAGCCUACCAACUCUUCAGCCGAGCAGGGGUUAGCAGAAAAAAAAUGCUCCCCCCCCCUCCAACAACAACAACAACAAAAUAUUACCAGGAAAGUAAAAAGUAUGUUUCAUGCACGCAUAAAUGGGUAUAUUUAUACAUGCAUUAAUGAGCAUGUUUGCAAAAGAAAGAAAAGAAGAUAGAGGAAGACGGGAAGUAGGGGAGAGGUCAAGGAAAGAAGGAAGCAAGUUUUUCUUCUUACUUCUCAGAAAAAGCUCUCCUUUGCCUUGCAUGUUUAAAUCAGUGUAAAUCUCUAUAAUUCCAUGUCCUCUCUCCAGUUUGUUAUUAAAUUCUCCUGAAAGUCUCA